AUGCCAUCAGCUGUCUCUGCCCAUUCCGGUUAUUUUUAUUCUGAUGCUACUGCUACCUUUGUCGCCGCUGUUCAUGCACAACAAGUUGCCGCACAAGCUACCGAAUGUGCAGCAAACUUUCCUACUUCAGCUUCACAAAGCCAACAAUCUCAGUUGGCGCCUAAUAUCCCUGUGGUUGACCCCAGAAAUCUUCCAAGAAUUG